CUGGGAUGUAUCUAGUGUGACGAAGCCGCCAUUUCAAAGCGCAAGGGAGCUACAGAAGCUGUAGGAAUUUUUGUACAUUUUUUUAUUUUUCUAAUACAUUUUUAUUUUUAUUAGAAAGUAGGAAAAUUAUAUUAAAAUUUGAAUCUACCUCGCCUGCACCACCAACUGAAAUGGAUGCAGACACAGAAGAGAAGCUGACAGAAACUUCAAAGACUUCCAAGGAUGAAUCUGAGAGACCCGUUAUUGAAAACAAAUCCAGGGGUCGUGGGGUUAAAGGCCGUGGUCGAGGGGGUUGGAUGAGUCGUGGUGGCUUGCGUGGUGGGCGAGGCAUGAUGAAAGGCUUUGGUCCACCUGGACAUGGGAGGGGUCGAAUGAAGGAUGGGGCUAUGAAUGGACUUGCACCCAUGAGGGGAAUGGGCAGGAUGCGACCUUACCCAGACCUCAGAGGUCAUCAUCGAGGUAGGGGUGGACCAAUGGGUAUGGGCCCUCCGCCUCCUCCUCCUCCCCCACCACCUCCCAUGCACCUUAGAGGCCCCUUCCCACCCAUGCCCAGGCAUGGACCCCCUCCACCUCCUCCUCCAGGUCAUCCUGGUUUCAGAGGGCGGCCACCUCACCCUCGGGGCCGUGGCAUGCCGCCUCCCGGACCUCCACGCCACUUCCAUCCCCGUGGCCCAAGAGGCUACCACAAUGGACCGGUCUCUCCUCCGCCUCACCCCCCACCUGGCAGAGGCCAGAGGUGGCCAGGGCCCCCUGGUGGCCGACGCUUUUAACACAGCCUGCCCUAAAAACAAUAACCAAGCACUUGUUAAUGGGGCCUAAAGAGGUGCAAUGAAUGAAAUGCCCCUGAAUUAUGUGUUAUUCAAAGUCUCUGAGUAUCUUUAUGACAUACUCUGUGGCCAAAUGUCUGAUUAUCAAUAUUGUCUAUUGGCAAAGAAAUAAUGUGAAAUGACUAAUGACAACCAAGGACACAUGAAAUGCCUCAAAACGUAACAAUGUAAAGGCAUUCUCAUGUUCUGUUACCUAUAAAUACUGUUGGAACUGUAGGAACUAUUUGACAUUGUUAAAAACAAGGUGGAAACCGCUGUUCUCAAAGGGAAGAAAAUUCCUGUCAAAGUUCAUUAAAUGUUCUGUGGUUCUUGUUACAGUCACCCUGUGAGCCUUAAGAAAACUUCCUCAUUCUUAAUAAAGAAAAUAAAGGGUGACAAUGUAUGUUUUAAGGUGGGGGAAGGGGGGAAAAAUAAUGAAAGAGUGCACAGCAGCCCUCAAGCACCACUGUUAACUAGUUUAGUACACCUUGGACCUCCCUAACCUUUCCUUUUGUUACAUGGAAAUAGUUAUGUAUUAUAACUUUACCAAGCAGUGCAGCAAAUAUUGUUUAACACUUACACUUUUUUCAAAUGAUAGAACAAUAUUCCACUUGUCAAGUAUUCAUGAGUAUUUAAUUUUAUAUUUUAUAUCCUUAAUGUGCAGCUAUUUUAAGUUAUGCGUAUUGCUGUUUGGAACAUUCAUGUUUUUCUCCAGCAAUCUAUUGUGUAAUGACAAAAAGGAAAAGGCAUUAUAAAUGAAUAGCAUACUGAAAUAUAUAUCUAGUAGCUUUUAUAAAUGAAAGCAAAUUCCAUUAGUAUUUGCUUCAGUUAAGGAUAAGAAAUUACUCUUUACUGUGUUUAGUUUUUUUGAAGUGUUACAAAGACUUUAUUCACUGUAAUUAACAUAACUUUUGUGAACCUGUGAAUGUGUUUUAUGAGAACCGUCAAGACAUAUGACUUAGUCGUGAAGAAAAAAAAAAUAAAACUAAAAAUAAACUCAACUUCUCUUUUUUUGUUUAUUCACAAACAAGUCUGAGAGUUGUCAUUACAGUUUACAACAUAUCUGUAAUAUCUGAGACAGAAUGAACUGCAAUGUUAGAACUUAGUACUGUACUCAGUGGCACAGUAACAGUGUUUCAUAUUUGAAAGUGAACAUUUGAUCCAUGUAAAGACCACUGCAAAGACUGUUUAAUAAUCAUAUAGGACUUUUUAGAUGAGCGUGGAGGACCAAGAGCCCUUAAUGAAUGUAUCAGUGGAUUAUACUGAACCAUUUCUAUAGGCUUGCUGAGGGCUGACAUUUAUUAUACACCAGUAAAAGCUUGGAAACAUAAUCCAUGAAUUGCAUCUUUUAGUUGCAGAGAACCUAAAACACAAAUCUCAUUUACUCCAAGAAGUGUGUUACCAUGCAUCUGCCCAUGUAAAUCUGACUGGAGGACUCAGAACCGCUCCACUUGCAAGGCAUUAAAAUGCUCAUGACUGAACGUCAUGUCACAGUUCAAAUUCAGUGGUAGCAUGUCUAAAAGGAGGACAUCAUCUGCAAAGGAUAAGCACUCUGAUAUGACCAAGGACUGUCAUAUUAUCUUUAUCGUUAUAACAAGAAAUUGUAAUUGUAAUUUUAAUUUGACUUCAGAGGAGUUUGGAGAAUUUCACUGUUGUGCAUUUUGACAACUGUAUGUUCUUCUAUGUAUAAUCUAAUUUUCUUAUAUAAUUUCUCCUAUACUCCUAUAUAUAUGUAAUCUUCAUAAAAAUACAAGUUAUUGUUGCUAUGCCUGUAGUUGUAACAGUUAUGAUAAUCAAAUGAACACACAGAUUUGUUCUUGUAUCUGUGAUAUAAUGGCACCAACUGAUGAGAAUUAAAAGAGUGAACACUAAUCUAAAUAUUUUAGCUCUUUCAGUUUUGUAAGCUGUGUGCAUGUGGCUGCUUUCCAUAAUGUGAUAAUUAAGGCCUAGUGAAUUUAAAAAGAUAAAACAAAAGCCUGCUGUAAUGCAAGAAGAGGCAUUUAUUACUGAUACUGUCAGUUGUAUGUACUGCUGGCACAAACAAGGAUUUGACAGUAUUUCUGGAAGAAAGAGCAUUUUUAUUUUUUGAGCCAAUCAGAUACAUCAAAAUACUCAAAUAUGGCUGCAGACGUCAGAAUCAGUCCAUUUAAUACCUGAGCCACAGACAGGUGUUGCACUCUCCCCUCCUCUCUGUCUGUCUUUUCCCAUCUCUUCAGCACUUUUCAGUACAUUUUGCUGCCUCUUCAGUCUCUGCAGUCCCUUCUUGUUUCUCCCUUUGGUUGAUUAUAACAGACUGACUGUUGUUGUCUCCUGAAGGGGGGGCACACAGUACAGUUAACCUCCCAGGCCCCAGGAACCCAGGCCCUCCCUCACAUCUCUCCCCUCCUUCAACAGCGGCGUGACACCUGAGGUCCGGCACUUCACUUGAAAAGGUGAGCCUCCUCUUGUGUCUUAAUCCCUAAACCCCUCUCAUUUCUCUGAUGCCCAGAGAUUCUCUCUUUCAGGAUGCAAGAUGAAACAACAACAGAGCCGUACCAAACUAGGUGAGACACACAGGUACUUUGUCUCUCAUCAAUGGCUAUAAAAUAUAUUGAUUAAGAUUUGGAAUGAUUUUGCUGGAUUUACAUGGAGGUACUGUGAAACCUGAACAGGAACAGGCAGUUCACCUUAUAGUCGUUAAAGGAGCGUGCAGGGAUAUAUGCACGAAAAGACAGGUCUAUACUGUAGAUCAGUGUUUUUGCACAUAAAACAGGCCAUAUAGUCACACACUUAACUUGAUCUAUAGGCCUCAACAGAGGCCCCCAGAUACAGUACAGAUACAGCGGUACAGAUAAUGGCUAGAUGGAUGCUGGCUCACUGUCACACUAAUGGCUUACUGAUGCAGCCAUUACUGACAUUAUUACUAACACCUGUGCUUUUCCUAAUAUGACAAUACCUCAAAAUGUCUUCUGUGAAUUGGAACCAAAUAUUGACGAACUAGCAAACAUAAACUUAGAAUGUACCACCGUAGUUACAUCAGUUUUCACACUAUAAUCAUGAUGUGUUUGUAUUUAAGUGACAGUAUCAAUAUACUGUCAAUGAUGCCGACAAAAACACUGAUGCGGUUUGUUUUGCCGUGUUUUAGGGUUUAUACUUAAAAAGUAUUAAAAUUCCCAAGGUAUGCUUAGGUCACAAUAAUACAAAUUAUUACCUAAGCUCAUUUUGGGAAGUAUAAUUGUAUGUUACACAGCAGUGAUAUGUGACCCUCAAAUAAGCUCUAAAGUGCACAAGAGCACGCUUUACAAUAAGCUUGUGUAGUAAACAAAACAUUUUUAGGCUUUGACUUCUGGCAUUUUUAUGUAAGGAUCAUAAAAUGAAUAUAAGGAAUUUUGGUCAUUAUAAGGUUAUAAAUAUCUACAUAACUAUGGUUGGUACAUGGUCAGUAGGUACAGUAGUGAUGGUCAUAAUGGAAAAAAAACAAUUAUUUACAUAUGAGCCAACGGUUAUAAUCAGACAGGAUCCCUGCUCUGACAAAGAUUAAAGCUUCCAACCACGACUUCCUUUGCGGAUAUGACUCCCCUAUAUGAUUAAUGUCUGAGUGUCAUCUCUGUAGGACAGCUCCUUUUAACGCAGGAAGAGAGAGGGACGGGGCAAACCUCAACAGUCUUUAAAUAGAGCCACAGAGACAGCCAAGUGUCUAUGAUGAUAUAAUACAGGGACUUUUAGGAGACUUUCAGGAAAUCUUAAAAUGACAGAAAGGGUGAGGCUUCAGUUGCUCAGAAAAACUAAGUCAUGUUGCUGUCACUGUUAAACAAAAUACAUGUUGAAUUCAGUUGAUUUUGUUUUGCCUUAUAAAUUCUUGUACACUAAUUAUUCAAUAAAUGCAAAAACUACA